GUUGUUUCUGAUCGUCAAUCAGACCUCUCACAUAGCUCCAGAGAUCCAGACCUAGGCAGCCAGACUUCUCUUUCUCCCACUCCGGACACAACCUUUGGUCAUGGGAAGGAUCGGAAAGGAGGUGUUGGGCCAGGUGCUCAGCUUCAUCGGCUUUGUGGGGGUGGCAGUGACCACGGGUAUCCCCAUGUGGAGGGUAACCACUUACAUCGGUGCCAACAUUGUAACAGGACAGAUUGUGUGGGACGGCCUGUGGAUGAACUGCGUGAUGCAGAGCACGGGACAGAUGCAGUGCAAGAUAAACGACUCAAUGAUGAGGCUAGCAACAGACCUUCAGGCAGCGAGGGCCCUGGUCAUCAUCUCCAUCAUCUUCAACUUUGUCGGCCUGAUUGUCACCUUCAUCGGGGGCCAGUGCACCAGCACCCUGAAGUCUGAAUCCUCCAAGGGUAAAGUGACGAUCCUUGGAGGCAUCCUGCUGCUCAUUGGUGCUCUUCUGGUCCUCAUCCCCGUCUGCUGGUCGGCAGCGUUCACCAUCUCAGACUUUAAUAACCCUCUGACCAUCGAGACCCAGAGGAGGGAGAUAGGAGCCUCCAUCUACAUCGGCUGGGGCKCCGCAGCGCUGCUCCUCAUCGGGGGGAUCAUCCUCUGCACCUCCUGCCCGCCCCAGAAGAUGUAUGGGUACCCAGGCUAUCCUCAAGGAGCGCCCAUGUACCCCUAUCCAGGCCAACCAAUGGUCCAGGCAGGGCCCUAUGGGAGAGUUUACACCCCAGCCAGCAGACCCUACUCAGGGACAGGUUCGUAUGCACCAAGCAAGCCAUAUGCAGCACCAAUAGAAUACGCUGUACCUGGACGGCCUGGACGGUAUCUGUAACAAAGUGAAAUGGAAAGAGGGAACGUCUCCCUGAAUAUUGACUGGUAUUCUGGACCUUGAUGUUUUCAAGCUAUUGUUUUGCUUAGCUUUGCCUCUGCAGAGUUUAAUUGCACCACCAAAAUGUACUUAUAUCAUGUACUUUUGUCCACAUUGAUAUGUAGAUAUUGUUAUUGAUGAGAAUAACAUGCAAUUUAUAGACAUGAAAAUGAUUGUGUGAAUGAUAUUCAUUAUGUUUAMGAGUGUUUGCACUUUCACACAAGAGGAAGAAUCUGUUCUUUCAAAUGUUGACAAUGUAAAUCCUUAUGUCUUGACUACUAUACUAGUAUGCAAACAUUACAACAAAUAGUUUGAUCAUGAGAAUGGAUGUAGCGUAAAUGUUAAUUUUAGCAGCAACCUGUGUUCUCCCAUUGUGCAACCGAUACUGUUGUCUUGUAAAUAGCUGGCUGGUCUAUGACUUGUGAUGUAUCUGUACACAGAAAACAAUACAUUUUUCUGUAAAUAUUUUGUGCCUAUAUUUACCAAAUAUAAACACACAUGUUAUUAUAUACAAUAA